UUGUGAUUAAGCAGCAAGAGGAAAAAGAUAGACGUAAGAGCUCUUCGAUCUUAAUCCCCAAGGAGGAAGUAAAAAGAUGGGAUUUCAUGCUCUUAGACCUUCCAUAGCCUUGCGCGGCUCUCUCCUCGACUUAUUAUCCAAAUCUCACAGUCCUCCUCUCCCCGGGAGAUGGGUUAAAGCUGGUGAAUGCAGUACCAUGAGAUGUUUUGCUUCAGCUACUCGUGGGAAAAACAAAAAACAAAGACUGGAUGAGGCAUGUGUUGAAAGGUUUAACGAAUACAGUCGCACACUAAUACAAUCAUGGAUUAUACAAGGCAAAGUUCUUGUGGAUGGGAGAAGAGUUAAUAAAGCUGGUAUGCCUGUAUCUAAUACUGCUGCUAUAAAGAUCACAGCUGAGGUUCCAAAAUUUGUAUGUAGAGGUGGACUCAAGCUGGAAGCUGCACUUGAGAAGCUAGAUGUUGAUGUUUCUGAGAAAGUAGUUCUUGAUGCUGGACUUUCUACAGGAGGGUUUACUGAUUGUUUGCUUCGUUAUGGUGCAGCUCAUGUUUAUGGUGUAGAUGUUGGUUAUGGUCAGGUAGCUGAUAAAAUCCGCAAUGAUAAGAGAGUGACUGUUAUAGAAAGAACAAAUCUGAGAUACCUCCCUGGACUCCCCCAAAAAGUAGAUGUAGUGACCCUUGACCUCUCGUUCAUUUCCAUUCUUAAGGUGAUGCCAGCUAUUAUGAAUGUGAUGAAAGAAGAUGCAACUUUAGUUACCCUUGUUAAACCCCAAUUUGAAGCACGAAGACAACAGGUCGGGAAGGGUGGCAUAGUGAGAGAUCCCGAAGUACAUCAGGAGGUUCUUGAGAAGGUAAUAAAUGGUGUUGAGCGCUAUGGAUUUACCAACAAAGGUUUUAUCGAAUCUCCCAUAAAGGGCGCUGAGGGAAACAUAGAGUUCUUGGUUUGCUUCAACCGAGGGACAGUGAAACCAGAAACCGAAGAGUACUAGACUUAUAUUCCAUUGCUGGGAAGUUAGAAGCUUGUGUGAAAUGCUAUUGAUUCUUCUUUCACGCAUUCCAUUCACAAAUCUCAUUCUAACUCUUCUCUUUAAGUAAACUUUUCCUUUGUUUUAGUGAUAUCAUAAAUCUCAAAGAUAAUUUAUCAAAAAAUCGUAGGUGAAUUUUUUCAAACCA